AUGUCAGAAGCAGCCACCGCCCAAGAUAACUCUCAGGAGGCCCAACAGGCCGAUUUUAAACAAGGAGGUACCCCCGAAAAAGCGACCUCACAAGAGCCCGAAGAGGAGGAACAGGCAUCCGAAACUUUGUAUAUUCAAAAUCUCAACGAUAAAGUCAAACUAGCAUUCGUCGAUGUGGUCGCCCAUCGUAAUCUCCGGAUGCGUGGACAGGCCUUUGUAUCGUUUCUUACCACGGAUGUCGCUCAGAAGGCUAUGAAAGAAGUGAACAAAUUUCCCCUCUACGGAAAACCCAUGCAAAUCACGUUUGCCAAGACACGCUCAGAGGCAGUCGUGAAGGCGCUGUCCCCUGCCGAAUUCGAGGCGUUUCAUGUGGAACGAAUCAAACAAAAGAAAAGAUCUCGAUGGGACAAUCCGGUUCGAAAGAAGCUCAAGAUGAAGAAGGAUGCUCUUGCGACAGGUGUUAUGCCAGACACUGGGGCCGCUGGACCCAGAAGGCCCACAGUGCAAAUGCCUGACGAGUACUUGCCUCCUAAUAAGAUUCUCUUCGUUCAAAACCUGCCUCAAGACAUCACGAAGGAAGCACUUAUGCUCCUAUUUUCUCCGUACAAAAAGGAUAUCGCUUUUAUCGAAUACGCCGAUGAAGGGAGCGCUACAGUUGCCAAAGAUGCUCUCCACAAUUCCAAACUUGGAGAAGGGAAGAUAAAGAAAAUGAAGCGGUAUUUCUACGGUGCCUCUGUUAUCUCCUUUGGGAGGCAAUUUGUUCGGGCCAGAGAGAUUAGCCUACUGUCUCACUGA